AUGGCCAACACGACAGCACCUCCCCCGCACCUCGGCCUGGGCCUUGCCGCCGCCGCCGCCGCCGCGUCUGGCCCGGAGAUGUCCGCCGGGUCGCCGGCCUCAGCAUGGGGCGCGCCUGCCGCAAAGUGGGUGGCCCUGGCCGGCGUGGCCGCCCUCGUGGCCGGCACUGCCCUCUACGUGGUGGGCACCUCCAAGGUGCGCGUCAAGAAGGGCCGCGUGCGCAACACCGACUACGCCCCCCCGCCCCCCUUUGCCCGUCCCGGCACGCCGGCCUACACGCCGGAGGAGGAGAAGCGGUACCGCACCCUCCUGGCGCUUCUGCGCUCGAGCGACGUGGCCAAGCAGAUCCAGUCCCUCAAGACCCUCCACCAGAUGUCCCGCCAGGACCAAGUGCAGGCCAAGAUCCGCGGCAGUGGCGCGCUCGGCGCCCUGAAGGAGCUCUACAACUCGCGCGAGCCUGUGAUCGCCGAAAAAGCCGUGGAGCUCGUCAAGAGCCUGUCCAUGAUCGCGGCGCUGGACUAA